AAUGGGGAAAAGUAAAACAAACAGAAAAAAAAAGAAAUGCUGAGUAAUGCCAGAGGUUUCUCAAAUGGCUGAUGCAAACCUGGAGAAUUUGCAUCAUCAUUCAGCUGGAGUAACUUGCUAUGACAAGGGCUUAAAUACAAGUCCAUGCGGAAGCUGAGCUCGUUUCCAAUGAUAGGGCAGUACCAGCUCGCAGRGUGAAAGCGCAGGUAUUCCUGAGCUGGGCUUGGAUUGCACCAAGGGCUCACAAACUCUUUACCUGUGCACAGGAGCAGCUGGAAAGAUAAGAGAAGACAGAGCAAGAAAUGAACUAGUUGGCAACAUAGAGAGAGAAAAAAUACAAAAAAAAACUCCCUUGAGUUUCUGCUGAAAACUUUUCUGCCUGUGCUUGCCAGCAGUGUGCUGGUGGCACUGUAGCAUGUUUAGGAAAGCUGCUGUGCCCACGGUCUCUAAUGGAAGUUACUUGCAGGGACAAGCUAAUGGCAAGUUGUCUUUUAUGGACAGUGGACAGCCAGCCCAGGAGGAAAAAGUUGUGCUGAAGAAGAAAGUGACGCUUUUGAGGGGGAUAUCCAUCAUAAUUGGCACGAUCAUUGGAGCUGGCAUCUUCAUCUCUCCCAAAGGCAUCCUGAAGAACACAGGCAGCGUGGGCAUGUCCUUGACUGUCUGGACAGUGUGUGGUAUCCUCUCACUUUUUGGUGCCCUCUGCUAUGCUGAACUAGGAACAUGCAUUAAGAAAUCUGGUGGUCAUUACACCUAUAUCCUGGAGGCCUUUGGCCCCUUACCUGCUUUUGUGAGGGUCUGGGUUGAACUACUCAUCAUUCGCCCUGCUGCCACAGCAGUGAUAUCAUUGGCAUUUGGACGUUACAUUUUGGAGCCUUUCUUUAUGCAGUGUGAAAUCCCAGAACUUGCGAUUAAACUUAUUACAGCUGUUGGCAUCACGCUGGUGAUGGUCCUGAAUAGCACAAGUGUCAGCUGGAGUGCCCGCAUUCAGAUGUUCCUUACCUUUUGUAAGCUUGUAGCAAUUCUGAUAAUUAUAGUCCCUGGAGUUAUCCAGCUGAUUAAAGGAGAAACACAGCACUUUAAAAAUGCCUUUGCAGGGAAUGAUGCCAGUGUUAUGGGAUUACCACUUGCUUUCUAUUCAGGAAUGUAUGCCUAUUCAGGCUGGUUUUACCUCAAUUUUGUUACCGAAGAAGUGGAAAAUCCUGAAAAAAACAUACCCCUCGCAAUAUGYAUUUCAAUGAUUAUCGUCACAGUUGGCUAUGUGUUAACAAACGUGGCUUAUUUCACUACAAUCAGUCCUGGGGAAUUGCUGCUUUCAAAAGCUGUAGCAGUGACCUUUGCUGAACGACUAAUGGGAAACUUUUCUUUGGCUGUACCAGUGUUUGUGGCUCUCUCCUGCUUUGGAUCUAUGAAUGGUGGCAUUUUUGCAGUCUCCAGGAUGUUCUUCGUUGCAUCCCGUGAGGGUCACCUUCCGGAAAUUCUCUCCAUGAUUCAUGUCCGCAAGCACACUCCUCUGCCAGCUGUCAUUGUUUUGCAUCCUCUCACAAUGAUAAUGUUAUUCAAUGGGGAUCUCUACAGCCUCUUGAAUUUCCUCAGCUUUGCCAGGUGGCUUUUUAUUGGACUAGUAGUYGCUGGGUUGAUUUAUCUCAGAUAUAAACGUCCUGAUAUGCCUCGUCCUUUCAAGGUUCCUCUAUUUAUUCCAGCAUUGUUUUCCUUCACCUGCCUCUUCAUGGUUGCACUGUCACUUUACUCUGACCCAGUGAACACAGGGAUUGGAUUUGCAAUMACCCUGACUGGCAUUCCUGCCUACUACCUCUUUAUUGUAUGGGACAAUAAGCCAAAGUGGUUCAGAAAGCUUCUAGGCAGGGUAACCAGAACAUUGCAAAUCCUCUUGGAAGUCAUCCCACCGGAGGAAGACCAGAAAUCAUGAUCAUCAUGUACAGCUUUUGGUUUGGUGUUUCAUUUCAACCUGAAAUAAAGACACUAGGGAGAUUUAUCGCUCUUCCUAACAUGAAACAAACUGGAGGAACAAGUCACAGUCGAGAUKGACUCUGAGCAAGUUACCAGAUUUGUCUUUUAUGAUGCUGUUGCAAAGUAUUUUUUAACAUGACUGGUUUAUACGUAGAAGGCAACCACUUGUGCUACAAGGGAACUAUUUCUUUUGGUACAGUGUCCUAUUUUAACAAACUGUAAGUUCAUCAAACUACUUUUAUGGUUGCCUUGUCAUUGAAGAUAUGUUUAAGUGAUGUGUAAUAGCUGGGUGUACUGCUUGCUGUCCCUGGAGAUCCCAGCUCUCACCAGAGCAAGGAGGAGAUAAAACUGCUGUUUUCUAUGAUAUGUUCUUCCCAUCACUCUGUUUGGCAGCCUGGUUUGGCUUCUUUUGACUCACUGGAGCCUGAACAUACUGAUUCAGAAGCACCACUCACCAAACCUUUGCAAUAGCAAGCUCAAGGUUUCUUCAUUCCAGAACUCUUAUACCAUAGCCAACAGAAAUAUCUUUUGAGACUUAGUAUUUCUGUCAGUGGGGCAAGAUGAUUUUAGCAUGGGAAUUUUAGCAGUAAUUUGAUGAAUGUUAAUUUUUUUACCAUGCUGGAAUUGUUACCAGGCUGGAUYUCUGGUUUAGCAAUUUUUCUUUGUCUACCUACACAAUCCAGCAAGGUGAGCAAUGAUCUUCAAAUUGAGUCAAAAUACUUGAAUGUGACCUCCAUUGCUGUAUGAGCAUUUCCCACCUGGAAGCAUGUGGUCCUGCAGUUAAGAGCCAGGAAAACCAGAUUUUAAAAUUUUAUAUCAGCAUUGGUAGACAGACAGACACUGGUGGGAACGCAGUAUAGACAUAACAAUAAAAACAAUAACUUUUUAUGAAUAAGAUAUAGGGCAGGCUACAGCAGAUUUGCUGAUUUGAGUAGGAUAUGUACUUGAUCUGUGGGCUUUUCACUCAAGCACACUCCAGUUAACAGGGCUUUGUGACACUGAGGAACAGAUGCUUUUCCUGUUUUCUCAUGGGUUUUAUUUCAGCAGAAACAGAAAAGCCAUUAAAACUGAUAAAAUCAAAUGAAAUUMAUCUUCAGAAUAUUUUUGAGCUGAGCUCUGGCUCAAAUAUGGGCUGAAAUUUUGCCCUUUUUAAAGAUAGUUAUAUAAAGAUAGGUAAGUUUUUUUAAUACUUAGAAAAACAGUUUUGUUUUGGUAAUGACUACUCAACCUUAAAAUUUAGGUUUAUUAUCACUGUUAAGUAUGUAACACUUAACUAUUGAAUGCACUACUAUUUGAGCUGUCUGCUGUCAGCAAAUCAUGUUUCAUGAAAAUUAUUAUGGAACUAAGCAGCAUUUAACUUCCUAAAUUGGGAGAAAAGCACAACUAAUAGCCAGACCACUACAGUAAAGGGAGACUAUGUAUUGUAUACAUUUUGUAUAUAUCCAGAWUAUCUACUGCUUUAGAGGUCUACAGUAAUAUGUCUUAAAUGUAUACAUGUUUUUUUUUAUUUUGUAUCUCUGUGGUGGAAUUUCACAAAAGUAGGGAAAAACAAGUGACUGAUUAUAUAGAAGAGUAGUAAUUUAAGACACAGAAAACAUUUUGCAAACAAUGUUUGUCUUUAAAUGUUUUCUUUUUACAUUAACUUAAAGUGUUAUUUGAAACUUUUUUUAGGGGAAUAUUCUGAGGGAGUUUUUUUGUGUUGAUAGUAGAUGUGUUUAUUUAGUACUUACAUUUCAGUCGUAAUUCUGCCUUUGAGACCAUCUCCUGCCAUCCCCCUUCAUCAGGGUUUGGCCUCUGUCAUCAUGGAACAUCUUCAGAGUACCCAAACUACUUGUUUCUGACAGAAAUAAACUAUCUGGCACCCUCCAGGAUUGCACCUAAUCCAUUUGAGCUCUAAUGGAUGAAGUAUACAUGGAGUCCAGAGCAAAAUCACCUGAAGAGUGACAGUGGAUGUGAGUUUUUCACUCUGUUUCAUUCCCAUGUAUUCACUCCUGUUGUGCCACAUUACUUGAAAGUUCAAAUGUAGGCAGCAUUAACUUGUAGAAAUAAAUGGGCUCCAUAAAUAUAA